AUGGCCAUGGAGCAAGCUGAACAUAACCCAAAUGCUACCAUCAACUUCAACUUUGCUGCAAUCUACAAUCUCCACGAUGGGGAUUUAACCUCCUUGCGAAACUUCUCCUUCCCUUUCAAUUUCAGUUACAGUGAUUAUGACUUGCCACUGGACAGUGAAGACGACAUGACCAAAACCCGCACCUUCUUUGCAGCCAAGAUUGUGAUUGGGGUGGCUCUGGUUGGCAUCAUGCUGGUCUGUGGCAUUGGUAACUUCAUCUUCAUUGCUGCUCUCGCCCGCUACAAGAAGCUGCGAAACCUCACCAACCUGCUGAUUGCCAACCUGGCCAUCUCAGACUUCAUUGUGGCCAUCGUGUGCUGCCCCUUCGAGAUGGACUACUACGUGGUGCGGCAGCUGUCCUGGGAGCAUGGCCAUGUCCUCUGUGCCUCAGUCAACUACCUACGCACUGUCUCCCUCUAUGUUUCUACCAACGCUCUCCUGGCUAUAGCUGUUGACAGGUAUCUGGCCAUUGUUCACCCACUGAAACCACGCAUGAAUUAUCAAACAGCAACCUUCCUAAUUGCUUUGGUCUGGAUCGUCUCCAUACUUGUAGCUAUCCCAUCUGCAUACUUUGCUACUGAAACGGUGUUAUUUAUAGUGAAAAACCAGGAGAAAAUUUUCUGUGGUCAAAUCUGGCCAGUUGACCAACAGAUGUACUACAAAUCAUACUUCCUCUUCAUCUUUGGCAUUGAAUUUGUCGCACCUGUGAUUACAAUGACCUUGUGUUAUGCCAGGAUCUCUCGGGAGCUUUGGUUUAAAACCGUACCAGGAUUUCAGACGGAACAGAUCAGAAAGAGGCUUCGAUGCAGAAGAAAAACUGUUAUGGUACUGAUGUGCAUCCUGACUGCCUAUGUUCUCUGCUGGGCACCUUUCUAUGGCUUCACAAUUGUCCGUGACUUUUUCCCCACGAUCUUUGUGAAAGAGAAGCAUUAUCUUACUGCUUUUUACAUAGUUGAAUGCAUUGCUAUGAGUAACAGCAUGAUAAACACCAUGUGUUUUGUAACUGUAAAAAAUAACACCAUGAAGUAUUUCAAGAAGAUCAUGUUGCUCAGAUGGAGAUCAACAUAUAAUGGAAGCAAAUCUAGCACAGAUAUAGACCUGAGAACAAGUGCAAUGCCGGUCACAGAGGAGGUAGACUGCAUAAAACUGAAAUAA